UCAAGAGGAUCGAAGAAUGCGUUAGGCUACGGUGAUGUUUUUGUUCAAUAACGUUGCAUUUACUACGACCGUCGUCUCCAUCAUCUCUUGUUGUAUUUUCUGGACACAAGCUCUAGCUUCACAGCCUCACAUAUUGCUACUAUUGGUCGAUGAUUUGGGAUGGAGCGAUGUUGGAUAUCACGGUUCGCAAAUAAAGACUCCUAAUGUAGACAGACUUGCUCGUGAAGGAGUUAUCCUUGAGAAUUACUAUGUCCAACAAUACUGUACACCAACUAGAGGAUCUCUCAUGACAGGCCGGUAUCCAAUACACACCGGCCUACAACAUCGAGCAAUUCUUAGUUUAACCCCUUUUGGACUUCCUCUAGAAUUCUCCAUUCUACCAGAGAAGUUAAAAGAAGUAGGUUACAAAACACAUCUUGUUGGAAAAUGGCAUUUAGGUCACUAUACAUCUGUGAGUACUCCAACACACAGAGGCUUUGAUUCCUUCUUUGGAUUCUACAACUAUGGACACGACCACUUCAACCACACCCAUGAUGGCUUUUUAGACCUCUUUGAGGGUGAAAAAGUUGCCAGAGGGUACAAAGGACAAUACACUUCCCACCUUUAUGUGCAGGAAGUCGAGAGAAUUGUUGAAGAGCAUAAUUCUUCCAAGCCGUUGUUCUUAUAUAUGGCAUUUGAGAAUGUCCACGACCCAAUUCAGGCACCUGAAAAAUACCUGAACAAAUACAGCUUCAUCAAAGAUAGGGAUAGGCGAACUUAUGCGGCCAUGAUGGAUGUGGUGGAUGAAGCCAUUGGAAAUAUAACAAAGGCUUUUAGAGAGAAAGGGUUGUGGAAUGAUACUCUUGUGAUCUUUAGCUCGGACAACGGUGGAGACCCUUUCUACCGCGGCUUCAACUACCCCCUGCGUGGAUACAAGAAGACGUUGUGGGAGGGUGGCGUGAAAGCGUGCGGUUUUGUUCAUGGUCAGAUGCUAAAACGGAAGGGGGUGAUCUCACGUGAUCUCAUUCACGUAACUGAUUGGUAUCCGACUCUUGUUAACCUAGCAGGUGCCACAUUGGAUUCAAACCCUAUGCCAGUGGAUGGCUUUGAUGUAUGGGAAACCAUUUCUAGUGGAACACCUUCACCCAGGACAGAGCUUCUCCAUAAUAUUGACUUUCCUGAGAAAAGACCAGGGCUUUUAUUGACAUAUGACACAUGGUACAGCGGAGCAGCAAUUCGUGUUGGUGACAUGAAGUUAUUGAUGCAUGUACCCAAUGCCACUUGGUACCAGGUUCCAGAAGAAGGUGGAAUUGCUCCAAACAUGGAAGAAAUCUGGGAUCAAAAAACAAACAUCGUAGAACUGGCCCUAUAUAACAUAACCGCUGAUCCUACAGAACGUUACGACGUAAGCCAUAAGUAUCCUAACAUUGUGCGACACCUGAAAGAUCGAAUACAUGAACACUGGAAGACCGCUGUCCCACCGGGGAUCGUUCCGGACGAUAUAAUGGCUUUAGCUGUAGCCAUAAAAAAUAAAGCGUGGGUAUCAUGGAGAGACACUUGCAAUGCCAAAUAAGGGUAUAGAUAUUUCUUCAAAAUGCCCACCUCUAAUAGAAAUCGGUCAAUUUUUGUCGGCGCAAAGAUUUCCCAUCAAUCCCAAAAUAAAACGUUCUUAAAGGCUUUAAAAUGUUUUGGUCGAGAAAAAGAAAUGUUGGUCUUUUUCUUUCCAUCUAUACCACCAGACGUACAAACUCAAAUAUCGCUAAUUUUAAACUGCCAUUUCUCUAAAGGUUACCCAUUACUGACUAAUAUUGCCGAACAAUUUAAGGUUUUGGGUCUGGUCAAAACGUUCUGAUCUGGAAAGUUCGCCAUCCAAACUGUAUUUCGUUGAAAUGUUCAGUAAACGACUCGAAGGAUGGUGAACCUGCAAAAGCACCCAAAAAUAUAUGUGCGUCAUUGGCUAAGCGUGAGGUCAAAA